AUGCAGGGUAAAGGGAAAGAGGCACGUGUUUUAGUGCUGUACACGGGUGGAACAAUUGGGAUGAAAUGUAUUGGUGGAGUGUAUCGCCCAGAGGCUAAUUAUCUUCUGCGUGCUAUGCGUGAUUUGCCGCUAUUGAACGAUUAUGAUUAUGUGUCUACAAACUAUGCUGAUUGGGAAAUAAAGCCAUACUGUUUGCCACCGCUACAGCAUUCAAAAAAACGUCUUGUUUAUUGGAUGGUCGAAUAUGAUCCACUUUUGGAUUCAUCAGACAUGACAUUUGAUGAUUGGAUUAAAAUUGGUAGGAAUAUUCAAGAAGCAUAUAAUCAAUAUGUGGGCUUUGUUAUAUUGCAUGGCACUGACACACUAGCAUAUACAGCAUGUGCUCUAUCAUUUAUGCUCGAGAAUCUGGGAAAACCCGUUGUUAUCACAGGGGCGCAAAUACCAGUAUUUGAGGUUCGUUCUGAUGGUCGGGAAAAUUUGAUUGGAGCGCUGAUUAUGGCAGCUUAUUAUGAUAUUCCUGAAGUUACUGUAUUUUUUAAUAAUAAGCUAUAUCGGGGAAAUCGUACGGUAAAAAUAGAUAACAGCUCGAUGGAGGCUUUUGAAAGUCCGAAUGUGCCUCCAAUUGCUCACAUGGAUGUUGAUAUAAAAGUUAAUUAUGAUUCCAUAUUUCGCUUCCCCUCACUGGCUCCAUUUGUAUUGCACGACCAGUUAUGUCGAAAUGUUGGACUAUUGAGAAUUUUUCCAUCAAUUCCCAUAGAAAAUGUUAGAGCAUCCUUGCAACCACCCGUUGAAGGUGUUGUCCUGCAGACAUUUGGUGCUGGUAAUAUGCCAUCCCACAGAACAGAUAUAAUAGAUGAGUUGAAAAAAGCUAUUGAUCGAGGAUGUAUUAUUAUUAAUUGCUCGCAGUGUGUCCGGGGACAAGUGGACGUUCAAUAUUUAACAGGAAAGGUUCUUUUUGAUAUAGGAGUAAUUCCUGGUUCAGAUAUGACUGCGGAAGCAGCAUUAACGAAAUUAUCAUAUGUACUGAGCAAAGACUGUUGGGAAUUUUCAAAGAAGAAAGCAAUGAUGAUCGAAAAUAUCAGAGGCGAACUAACCGUUACAAAAGCAAAGCCACUCAGGAACCUUGAAAUUGUUUCACAGAUGGCAAAGUUUCUGCAUAUAAGUACUUCUCAUGAAAUGAGAUUUCUCCGCCAUGCUCUCUUACCUCAAUUGCUAUGCCAUGCAGCUAAUACUGGUGAUGUGGAGUUGCUUAAUGCACUUCGCGAAAAUGGAGCCGAUCUUUCGGCUAUUGACUAUAAUGGACGCAAUGUUUUACAUAUAGCAGCGAGUGCAGGGCACGUUAAUGCCGUUAAGUACCUGUUGAUCCAAGGUGUUAGUUUCCAGCUUAGGGAUCAGUGGGAUGAAAACGCCCUUGUAGCUGCAGUAAGAACAAAAAACAAAGUCUGCAUUGAGAUUUUGAGGUCUGCAGGAGCAGUACUUUCUGUAAACUCAUUCCGACUAGGGGUUGAACUGUGUCUAUGCGCCAAUUGCGGUGAUAUAGAGAAACUGGAUUCCUGGCUUGCUGCCGGAGCUGAUAUAAAUCAACAGGAUUACAGUGGCAAGACUGCUCUACAUAUUGCAGUGGAAUCGAGAAAUGAGCAAUUGCUAUACUAUUUGCUUGAUCGAGGUGCCGAUCCAAACAAACGAGAUCAUUUCGAUUUAACACCACUUGAAUAUGCUGAAAAACUUAAUUUGCAAGACCUGAUCAUCAUAAUGAAAGUGCAGAGUUCAAUAAUGUUGCAAAAAAUUAAUAUUUUGUAA